UUGACUUGCUCAGCCAGCUUAGCAGAAGAACAUGUUCUUUCGCCUUGCAAGUUUGCAACUUCUCUCAUAAAUUUCUUCUCAUAUGUUGCUCCCACCGGCAAGAUAUUGUGGUUCACUUCUUCUAUAACAUUCCCAUCAACGUCUGGAUUCAUUUCAUCAUCAAACUCAAUACAUAUAUGAUCAGAUUUUGAUGAGACAGUUGUAUCAAAGUCAUGAAAGUCUCUCUCUGAGAAGAUAACAUCACAACUGUGAAUGAAAUGUUUAGCUUGAAGAUGAUAAAGCUUAUACCCCUUUGCUCCAAUUGGGUAGCCACCCAAUAUAGCUUGUUUUGAUUUAGCAGCAAAUUUAUGACGAUAUUCAUCAGCAAUGUGCAACCAAACACUUUAAGAUUCAACAUAUUUGGCUUUACACCAUACCAGCAUUCAAAUGGUAUCUUCUUAUUAAGUGCAACUGUUGGGCUGCAGUUUCUCAAGAAUACACCUGUGCUAACUGCUUCUGCCCAAAAUGAAGUUGGUAAUUUAGCAUGACGUAACAUAGAACGAGCUGUUACCAAAAUUAUCCUAUUCAUGGGCUCUGCAACACCAUUUUGUUCCAGAUUCAUUGGAGUUGUUGUUUGAUGUAUAAUUCCUUUUCUCUCGUGUAUUCUAUGAAUUCUUUGGAGCAAUAUUCACCAACAUUAUUAGUACGAAGUAUCUUGACUUUAUUCCAAAUCUCAUUGGUUGUUAAGUUUACAAAUUUUUCGAAUUUUUCUAGCACUUCACUUUUUGCCUAAGGAAGUAAACGUGGAUAUACCGAGAUGCAUUCGAUAAAUGUUACGAAGUACUUUGACUUUCCAAUCGAUUCCAGGUUAAUUGGUCUGCAAACGUCACUAUGUAUUGUUGACAAUACCUCAGCUGCUUGAGAUGAUGAUGCUUUCGGAAAUGCAUUGUGAUGCUUUCAAAGAACUAUGUCUAAAGACAACAAAGAAGCGAAUCUUUUUUAUGUCGCUUUAGUGGCCUCAAAAUCCUGCCCUACCAGUGAACAGAUUGCACCUGGUGUUUUCUAAAUAAUUGCGUCGGGUUUUUACAGAUGUGAGUUUGCUGAGGAACACAUUGGGCACAUAUCCCCCUUUUUCCAAAAUUCAGUUUACCUGCCCCAUUGUAGCUCACCAAGUUUCCCAUUUUUUCAACUUUAUAACCAAAAGGUGCCCUUGGAUUGCUUAGAAGCUAUACGAAGUGAGCACGCAAAGUACCUCCUCUUUUGAUCCUGCCACAAGGCCUCUGAAACCUCUCGGAAGCACUACAAACAACCAAGCCAGAAAAUGAGGUUUAUAUAAUUGUAGCCAGGCUUUAUGUAACAGUCUUUUUUAACAAUAAUAGAAUGAUAUGAUUCCUUAUCUUUGCCAAAUAUUACUCAGUUCCAAACAAAAUAAAUGCUCCCGACUUUUACAAAAAAUAAAAAAAAAUCUCAGAAUUUUCACCAUUCAAUACUUGUAAUCUUUACAAGAAAUACGUUAUAUUUGAUUCAAAUUUCAUUUAGCGUUAGUAAUUUCAAUAAGUUGGCUUUAUUUAGCCUUAAUAUAGCUAAGGAACCAGGGAAUUCUACAAACUUGCCGGACGCAGAUUUUCUCAGAAUAAUACACGGAUUGCAGAAAUUUCCUAAUUGUUUCGCGGGAUUCUUAACCUGCUCUAUGUUGGAUAAGAUUUCAUCAUCGCAUGUUUUUAUCUUGUUAAUAUAUAAGUUGUUCAUAAAUAAACUUAUAUACAUUCAGAGGUGGCGCCAGAAAUCUUCCGACAGAGGGGUUGGAGCUUCCGACAGGGGGGGGGGGGCUAAAUUGACUAAAAUAUGCAGUUUUCGUACGUUAUUUUGUCAAACUUGCUCCGACAAUAACCUAAAAUUUUCUUCCGAUAGGGAGGCUAGAUGCUUCCGAUAGAGGGAUUGUAGCGCCCUAGCCCUCACCUGGCGCUACCACUGUAUACAUUCUAUUGCCCAGUUGCCCCCUAGCUGCUAUUUUUGACCAGAAAGUACUUAUUUCAACAUUGUAAGGGCGUGUAUGUUGAAUAAAAGUUCUUCAGCAUGAAACUGUCUUUCAGAAUAUGUACAUAUAAUGUGGUUUUAGCGACAUCAAAAUUUGAACCCCUGCUGAUCAGUGCGCCAUAUGGGAUUUGCCCAAAUAAGGAAUUCCCAAUCAGUGGCGGAUCCAGACUACCGCCAUUACCGUUCGAGCGGUAGUCAGAUUAUUCAAAAAAUUAUAAAAAAAAGGAUCAUUUUCAUGUUUAUCCUACUACUUUAAUUAAACCAUAGUUAAAAAUUGAAAAUAUUUGAUCGCGCUGCAAACCAAGCUUUCCUUUCUAGAAACAUGCCUGAAAUUUACCACAGAGACAUUUUUUAAUCCUUAUCGCUAUGGAAUUGCGUCCCAAUUGGCCGAGUCACAUGUUUGCAAAUGAAAGGCUAGCAUGGGGGGAUGAUGAAAUCAUGGCUUGCUAGCUAGGGGGGUUGAGUCUUUGUAGAGCGGAUUCGAGCUGCACUGAGCGGUAGUUCUCCUGCCUAAACCAAUCAAAUCAUCAGAAAUCACAGCCAACCUGGGGUGAUGCAUACAAAUUUUGUUGACAACCAAUGAACAACCGAGUUGACUACCGCUCAGAUGGGGGUUAAGUAGUACUGCCGCUCAACACGGCUCAAACGUUACAGAAAGAUGGGGGGAUGCCUACAUAUUCUGCAAGUGGGCAAACUGUAACUUCAAAGCCGAUGUGACCCAUUAUUUUGUACAAUACACAACUAUUCGUAGGAAUUUAUUUUAUGAGAAUAUUGAGACUCAAAUAUUCUAAAAUUUAAGAAGGCAUCAAAAUUAAAAGUCAGGCCCACAAUGUUCGCCAAAAGUAUGAUUCUUUGUUUAACAAAAGUUGCCCUCAAUAAUUGCAAAUUUUAUCUGGCUUUUUAAACUUAUAAUUUCCAACAGGUCUGAUUUUCAUAAGUAAUUGUGCGACUAAAUGCGAGUUUUAGGCGACACUUCAAAAUUCUACCAAAUGUAUCUUUUUUCUAAUUCUAUGGUGUUUCUCGGCUAAAUGCUGUAAAUUUUUUUUGAAUAUCCAUCCUCAGAAUAUUGAACAAGAUUAUUUAUUUCUUCUCAAGCUUGUUGUAAGGAUACAUGAAAUUUCAGUAAAGCACCGCUUGUCUCUUGAAAAUGGUCUACAUAAGAAGUUAUAGAAAGCAAUAAUCAUUUUAGAAAACCGGGUGUGACCAGGAAAUGGGUGUGGUCUAAAGGGUGUGGUCAACCCCUUAUCUCAUUUCGGCGGUAGACAGAUUUUUGGCUGGAUCCGCCACUGCCAAUGUCCAAUUGAUGGGGCUUUUUUCUGGUUAUCCCAGUAUCGUAUUGAACCUAUGUGCCAAAUUACAGCUUUUUAAUAUUUUUGUCCGGGUAAAAUCGUAAUUCCACCACACUAUAUUAUCGAUUUCAUCAAAUAGAGACAUCUUCAAGAUUUCAUCAAAGGCUUUCCGAUAUCUUUCAACGCUUUAAUUUAAAGGAAGCAGUUUUGUUUAGAGCAUCUUCUUUCAAGCUUUGUGAAUUUUAGAAUUUUGCUUUCGCUUCAUUGGCAAAAGUUGCAAGAAUUUCGACAUUACAUUGAUUUUUUAUUUCAAAGAUAUGAAAAAUAGCCAUCUUAAAGUUUCUAUUCCUGAUUACUUUUUUUUAAAUGUCUUAUUAAACAUAGCAUCUUAUAAGGAUACUCCGUUUGUUAGCUUUAAGUUUAUCCAGCUUGUAAGAUUUGAUUAUUUUAAUAUGAAAUUGCUUUCUCUCAAAAAAUUGAAGAAAUAAAGGCUUGUUUUUGUCGUCAAAAAUUGUCGAAAAUUUUUGUUUUUGAUGAAUUCUUUUGGAGGUGUAACUUGAAAUUUUCCUCAAAUUUGUCAGAAAUCGAUAGAUACCAGAUUCAAAAGCUUGAAUACUUUAGUGUCCUUACUUCAGCCUACUAUGCACAAAUGAGUUUUACAGGUCAUAACAUAAUACUGUGAAAAAGCGAUACAAUUAUUGCAAGUGAUCUCUUCCACCAAGAGAUAAUAGAGGAAAAGAGACAAACAGCCAAUUUAAGUCAAAUGGCGCCUUUAGAGUAAGGACCUUCUGUUAUUUUGAUAAUAAAGACUUGCAACCACAACCUUUUAUAUUCUACUUGAUUGUUUAAUUUCAAUACCAAGAAAGAUGUUUAAAGAAAGCAGGACUUUGAUACAAUAAAGGUAAAUAAAAAUCGAUUCAGAAAUGUGCCUGCAGAAAUGGUUACUUGGAUGCCAAAACGACGGGGGUGUGCACUCCUAAGAUAGUUUUUGUGAACCGAAUUUAGAAAAAAGAGCUAAAAAUGAUACCCAGCUUAAGAAUUUUUGGAUUCACUCAAAACUUCAUUUCUACUGUAUAGAUAAAUUUGUGCUCAAAGACUGUCUCAAAAAUCACCCUUUAAACAUACCUAUAAACACACUUGAAAGUAUCAAUAAAUUAUCAGGAAAGAUGUCCAGUUUCUGGUUUUCCAUAUACUUACCUUAAAACUAGGAAUGGUUCAUAAUCCCGUCAUAGAUGCACUCACUGCUCAGCCUUAGAUUCGGCGGUGAUCGUCUAUGUAAUUAUCACAACGGCAAGAAGGCUUUCAUAUUCACCCUCGAACUCAAUAAAUGUAUCUUUGUCCUCUGGAAUCAGGUUUUCCAUAUUCUUUCAUUCAAUACAGCUAUUAUGAUAAUGUAGAAGAUUUAUGUAGAAUGUAGAAGACUGAAAAGAAACUUGGAAUAUUUAUAUAGUAAGGCAAAUACAUGUAUGAUCUUUAUAGGAGCUCAUAUUAAAGUUUGUUUGGGGGUGUAAUUUGCUGGAAUCAAGACAAUGUAAAUUUUGACAAUUUUGUAACACAAGUUUGUUCUCACAUUUGUACUCAAAUUAUCCAAACGACUUUAGAUUUUAUCAGUUGAACAGACACCCGGCCUUAGAAUAAAUGGCUGGAAAUGAUACUCGGAAAGCUUUUUGAUUUGAGCAAACUUUUUCAUCAAAUUUGUAAUCCAAUCUUUUUUGAACUGCUAUGCAGUUUGUUACAGAAUCUUUUUAAAGUAGUUCUUCAUAAUUCUGCUUAAUUCUUUGGUCAAAAAAACAAGACAUUCAUAUGAACAGGAUAAUUAUGAUUUAAUUCAAACUCUGUUUAGAAAGAAAUCAAUUUUCUACCAGAAACUAUCAUUAGCUACCCUUUUCACAUUGUGUUUAUUUUUAAUGAGUUUUGUUGCCUUCUUUGAGAAGCCAUUUAGGUCUACUUUUGCAACCUAAUAAACAUUGUUGGCAGACCGUUUGGUGAAAAUAUUUUUCACAAGUGAAAAACUGCCCUCAUGGAUGAGCUUACGAGGGCUAUUGCCCAUCUAACAAUUACUUGGUAAAGAAUCUUUCAAGGCCUAAGGGGUGUAUUAGGGUAUCAUCUUCCCACGACAGCCUUACAUUUGAUCUUCUAAAUGUGUGGCGAUUGCCAAUUCUAAUAACGCUUUGUUUUCAUAAGCAGUUGGAACUUUUAGUCAAGGAUACUUAGACUUAUUUAGAAACUAACUUUACCGUAAGUGCUCUUCCUGUUUGUAAAUGCUCUUAAUUACUUUUUUCCCUUUGUGUGAUACAUAGCGUGUAACUUUGAUAAUUGUUCCUUUAAAGCUUGUUGAAGCUCUCUAUAUUUUUUAACGUUUUUCAAUUUGGCAAUUCAAUUUGUUUAUCUGUGGCCUUUAGGUUUGAUAAAUCUAGGGAUCAAGGAAUGAUGUGAAUAGCUACCACUUUAAAUGAAAAGCUAUCAUUAGAGUAUAAUUUUUCUGCCAUUUUGUCCUACAUUCCUCUGCAUCGGUUUCUUUGACCAUCUACUUUCCAAUGUCUUGUUGCUUGAAAAUUUUUAAUGUAAUCUUGUGCUAUUGCACAAAUAUUUUGCGAGUAAGUGCAUUAUCUUUCAAUGCUAAGUGAUAAAUUUGAACCAGGCACCAAAUCAGGAACCAGGAAUCAGGAACUCAUUUUUUUUCUUUUUUUUCAGUGGAGUCUGAAUACAGAUAAGACCAGGUUCAUUGCUUGUGAAUCAAGUAAUAGUGUGGUAGACGGUAAUGUUAUAACACCAUUUAUCGCUACAAAUCCAGCCAAACAAAUAACCCUCAGAAUAACUUAUACUUUAAAUUGCUGUUCAACGAAAUUGUCCAUUGGUGUCUAUGUCCUUUUGGGCUCAGGUGAAACAUCUGCGCCCAGUGCUCAAAGCUUCAAGUACAUUUCUGCUUUAAAGAAUACCUCAUCAAUGAAUCCGUCAUCUAGAGCACAGUUUACAUCAGCUAUUACCAUUGGAAUGGAAGGAAAGACUGGACUUUUUAUUGCUUUCAGAGAUCAAGGAAUUUGUGGAAGACUUGAUUCAUUUCAACUCAGUUACAUAGAAUGUCCAAGCUCAGCUGGGGAAUUAAUGUCAUUUCCAUCUAAAAAUGCAGCUCCAAACAGCACAGUUUCAGUCCUAAAGGUGCUUGGAACAUGCUUUCCCAAUGCUGAUGUCCAAAUUUCACAAGCAGCUAAUUACAUGUUUUGUUAUACAAAUGGUUCCACCAAGGUUAAUGGUGGCUGUCAUUGCAAAGCUGGAUAUGAAUUUCUUUUUUUUAACAGUUGUAAAGAAUGCCCCGCAAAGAGUUUCAAAAGUGCUGCUGGCAACUUUAAUUGCACCAGAUGUGGUGCAAAUGUUGAGGACGGACUGAAGCCCAGGACAACACCUUGUAAAUGCAACAAUGGAUAUUACAGGCCACUUCGAUCUAAAAGUGUUCCAACUGUCGACUGUGAAGCACCAUCAUCGGCUCCAAAUAACGUUAAGGCCACACAGAUUGGAUCAAAGUGGAUCUUAUUAGAAUGGACGGUCCCCAUGGACCAGGGGACUGGAGACAAACCGAGUUACACGAUAAAAGCAAGCUGUACUAAAUGUAAAAUUCCACCUGACUUUACAACAUCUAACCUUUUUUUCAAUGUCACCGGGCUGAGCGCCUACACCCGAUAUGACGUCAGAGUCUAUUCUAUCAACAAUGUCACUGCUGCCAUCGGCUUCGACAAGGCUAUGUACAACAGCACUUCAGUUUUGACUGGAUCAGGAUUGCCUUCGGAGGUUCAGAAUCUUACUAAAAGGACAAACUCUGAUGCAUCAGUGACAAUUUUCUGGAACGAGCCAUUGACCAAGGGUGGUGAUGAUCUGCGAUAUUUUAUCACUGUUAAUGGCGAAAAGGGAAUGUUUACCACCAAGCUGAAAUACACUGUUAAACAAGAGCAAGAAACGAAGAAGUACACUGUGUCUGUAAAGUCACACACGAGCGCUGGAUUUUCCAAAGAAGAAGUUAUCAGAUUUGAAAUCAAAGGAAAAGGUAUUUCACUGACUUUGGUCAUUGCUGUGGUAGUCACAUUGUUUGUCUUACUCUUGAUUGCUGGCGCUUUCGUUGUAUAUUUCUACCGAAGGCGACAUCCAAAGCAUCUUCAACCUGUUCGACUUGAAAACGGGGAAGUGAUUCUCCCAAGUGGAAAAGGCGUUCAGGUUUAUAUUGAUCCGACGACAUAUCAAGAUUUGGAGGACGCUGUGCAGCAGUUUGCUAACGAAUUAGACCGAAGCUGGAUCAAGCUAGAUCGUCUGAUUGGUGGAGGUGAAUUUGGUGAUGUGUACAAAGGAACUAUGGAAAAACCCUCUGAAAAAGCACAAAUUGUCGCCGUCAAGACACUCAAGUCAAAUGCAAAUAAGAAAGCAAGAGAUGACUUUUUGGGAGAAGCAAUGUAUAUGGGACAAUUUGAUGACCCAAAUGUCAUAAAUCUCGAGGGUGUGGUCGUUAAAGACCGUCCCAUAUUGAUUGUCAUCGAAUUCAUGAGCAAUGGAUCGCUUGACUCCUUUCUACAAGAAAACGAUGGAAAAUUUACUCCACUCCAGUUGCUAGGAAUGGCCCGGGGUGUGGCGUCUGGAAUGAAGUAUCUUUCUGAAAUGAGCUACAUCCACAGGGAUUUGGCAGCCAGAAAUAUUUUAGUAAAUGAUGACAUGGUUUGCAAGGUUGCUGAUUUUGGAAUGAGCAGAGAAUUGAGCGAGGAAGAUACAUAUAACACAACGGGUGGCAAGAUCCCUGUUCGAUGGACAGCACCGGAAGCAAUCCAGUUUAAGAAAUUCACCAUUGCCUCGGAUGUUUGGAGUUAUGGUAUCCUGCUUUGGGAGAUAAUGUCAUACGGAGAAAGGCCAUAUUGGGACUGGGGCAAUUAUGAGGUGCUUGAACGUCUUGCUUCUGGCUACAGACUUCCUCCACCAAUGAGCUGCCCUAAAGUUGUGCACGAUCUUAUGUUAUCUUGCUGGCACAAAGAUCGCAUUAAAAGACCAAAAUUUAAGGACAUUUGUUGUAUGUUUGAUAAGUGGAUCCGGAGUCCGGAGUUGCUGAAACACAGGAAUCGGUUGUGACAAGGCAGUAUGAUACAAUGUAUAUCUUUUCAAUAUACAAGAAAACUAUUAAACUUGAAGAUGAAGGUAAAGGAAUCAUUUUAGUUAAUGCGAUACUUACUAGAUUGGACGCUACAGAAACUUUGUUCUCUGAAGAGGAGAGGGAGUCCCAGUGACAGCCAUAUUCAUACCGGAAUACACUUGAGACGCUUUGUUAGCUUCGAAUAAAGUUGUGUUGCCCGCGAAGUUUCAUUCAUCAGUACUUCAUACACUCCUACACACAGCUGUUGCGAUGAACGUCUAAAUGUAUCUCCUUUCAAUAUUCAACAAAGCUAUUAAACUUGAAGAUGAAGUAAAUCAUUUUCGUUAUGCGAUAGAUACUAGAUUGGAUGCUACGAAGAUGGGAACCUUUGUCUCUGGUGAAGGGGCGGGAUGCCAGUGACAAACAUACGUGAAAAUUGGUCUAGAUGUUUUCUAUGUGCGCACAGAAUCAGGAGAAUCAGAAGUCUUAUAUGUGUAAUUCAGGAGAUUCAGGGGACUGGGACAGAAACCCACCAAUUUUUCGGAAACAAUGGUUAAGUUCAUAUUUGCAUCUCUCAUAUUUGUCGACAAGUACCCCUUACCUACUUCUGAAGAGCGCCCUACAUUUUUUAUGCUUAACCAAAUACUAGAGUAAAUGUAUUUGACAGCCGAAAGCUCUUUGCACUCUUUGCCAAAAAUAUGUUAAUAUUGAAGUCCACGAUGUGUCAGUUUUGUUGAAAAAUGACUAUUAUGUUUAUUUGAAAUAUGAGCUUAGAAUUUAUUCAAAACAUCUCAAGUGAUGUUAGGAUCCUAAAUUAGGGCAUUUUAGCUUGCUUCAAGGAAAGAAGUUUUUUUCCAAAAAUUUCACUUCCCAAAUUUCCAAAAAACUUUGGCAUUCUUUUAUUUUUAGAAGAAAAUUUUUGUUUCCGUUUGUUCUUUAAAUUUGAAAAUCCUGAUUUCAAAAAUACUGAUUUUGUCAAAAAAUUCAGUAUCUUUAAAGAAUUAUUGAGAAUCGCCGACAAACCAAUUUAAGAAAACGUGAAAAAGGAAAUUCCUUGAGUUUAGGACCGUUGCUCUCUUUUCGAUAGUUCUCAACCUCUUUUUAUAGUGGAAGACCUUUAUAGCUUUGCUACAAAUUAAGAUAUAACAAGAAGAUAUAACAAAAUAAUUAAAUCUCCAGAAACAUUUCUACGAUAAAUUUGAACGAAAAGGGUAAUAGUAAAAUUUGAUACUACUUUAUCAAAAUUAGGUGUAAUGGAACAUUAGCUAGUGGGCGCAUUAAGAGACCUCUGAAAAACUUCACCUUUAACAAAAAUAUGCAGAUGCUGAAUUAAAGAGGCUAAAAAAUACAGUAGUAAGCUAAUAGGUAACCCACAUUUGAAAUUUGUGAGCUAGAUAUUUUUUCUGAUCUGUUUACAUCUUGCAAAAGAGUUGAUUUAUCUGAUUUUCAUAACAGGUUUUAAUCUCAUGGCAGAAAAUUUAAGGGGUGGGCUGACCAACAUUCUAAAAGCCAAAAGAAAUGUAAUUCAUUUAAGGGUUUGAAGUACAUUUUACCGCCUCUACCUCUACAGGGGGGUGUCCUUUGUUGUACAGGCCGUACGUUGGAAGGGGGCUUUGCUGUACAGGCCACGCCCAAAACCACACACACCGUCACUCUCAAUAUAGUUGUGUUUGUGUAAUUGAUUGGUAAGGGAUAUAUUGCAAAUACUGUUAAAAAACAUUCCUUGUACUUCCUGCAGUUCGGUAUCGGUUCAAAAUAAUAAGAAUUUUAUACUAAAUGUCAUAUUUUUCACGUGCCAUAUCUGAAUUAACUGAUUUUCGCCACUUGUUAGUAUGAUAAUACUAUUACAUUUUUAUUUUUAUAUCAAAUCAAGUAGAAUUAAAUGUCGUACUACUCGGUGAUUCGGUUGUGUUCUUUCUGGCUACAUUCUUUUCCUUGUGUUAGAAUAUUGUUUAUAAGAAUAUUAGGGUUCAGAAUCAUACAAUUUUUUAGAAUAUCAUAAAAAUAUUGCUCAAUCUCCGCUCCCAUUUUUGUCCUUCAUUCUUUAGCUGCCUGUUUUGUGAUGUUGAUGACAAAGAAUUGCAUGACUCGCAUAUCUAAUUUUCUUCAUAAAGCGUGGUUUCUAUGCGGGUAUGAGCGACGUUACCCUGAAACCAAAUCAGAUUUGAAAAAAUAAUACUUUGAAAAUUUGUUCAGGCUAAAAACGAACAUUUCUUAAGAUUAUCGAGGCUGGAAAAUGUUUAUAGUAUUCUUAUGAAAAUAUGUGUAUACACUUUUUUUAUAAGAACACUUGGCUCCAGAACACCUGGUGCUUCUUACUUGUUCAUAUAAAUUUAGCCUAUCUCUUGUGUUUUGUUGAAUUUCAGCUUGCCUUGUUUGUUAUGGUGUCCUUAAUUUUCAGGCAAAUCUCAGCCUGAUUUUUUUUAUAAGAGUUGUUCUCUGUGGCUAUUUUCAUAGAAUACGACGAAGGCUUUAUUUUACUUGUUUAUAAAAAUUAUUUUAUGGAUGACUAAAUUACCUAGAAUUGAUGGAUGAAACAAGUAAACAACUCAUAUUUAUGGGAAGUGUUAUCAUUGAAAUUGCAUACGCUUAAUUCCUACCGUCCAUUAUUAUAGACUUACCUCUGAACCAAUUUCGAAAGUUUUAAAAUGCAUGAUAUGAAUAAAAUUACACCCCAAUUCAAUUACACG